CUAGAAUGAACGGUUUGAAUAUUUGUUUUAAUUUUAUUAUUCUCAUUUUUCACUGUAAAUAAAACUUGAAAAUGCUUGCAAAUCUUGUAAUAAAUAAACCGAUCAACGAAAAUGCUUGUCGGGCGUGCUUACAAACUAAACAUGAAGGGUGUGUAUCUCUUAAAAACAAUAGUGAACUGUCCCAACUUUUUGAGUUUUGUGUUGGAUUAUCAGUAGAACGGGAGGACAUUUCACAAGUUUUGUGCCAGCAAUGUGCAACAAUUGUCAAAAAAUUUGCAGAUUUCAAAGUACAAUGUCACACAUAUGAUGAAAUGUUUAAAUCUAUAGCAAAGAAUAAAGAUAAUAUUUGUACAGAAAAGUUUUCAACAAUUGAAGAAGUGAAUGUUGACAGUAAUUGUGAAUUAGACAAUAUAAGUUUUGAAGAUGAAUUUUCAAAUGAUAAUAUAGAAAUAAAUGAAAAUUGUAAUACAAAAGAUAUGAAACAAAAUUCACAAAGUGUUAGAAAAGUCAUUGAAAUACCCAGGAGAAAAUCUUCUAGACAAAAAUUUUGUAAAAAUGGUACUCCAAAGAUAAUUUUUGAGGAAAAUGAAAAUGUUGGUAAUAUUGAACAAUGUGAAAAAGGUCUAAUAAAAGUUUUAGAAUGUACCAAAUGUAAGAAACAAUAUAAAAGAACUAAAUGUCUUAUAAAACAUAUGAGGCAAACAUGUUACAAGCAUAAAAAUAUCAAAAACGCAGUUGUAACUGAAAAAUAUAAGCAGCAAACAAUUAAGGAAAAGGAUGAAAAAACGAAGAAAUACUCUAAUGAACUAUUUUGUGGUCUAUGUCAUUUUUCAUCAUCUCAUCGUGAAGAUCUGGUGAUACAUUUAAAUCAACAUUGGGAUAUCAGUGAUUUGCACUGUAAACUAUGCAGCUUUGUGGGCCAGGACCUCGCAGAAUUGUUUGGACAUAGAUCAGUUCAUCAACCGUACGUGUUUUUAUCAAAACCACUAAAUAAAAACUGCCAUAUUUGCAAUAAAAGUGCAUCAAAUAUCAAGGUUCAGCAGUUCCACUACAGAUCGGUGCAUUUAAACAAAGAUGGCGGACUUUGUUCUGUUUGUCAGAAAACUUUCCGAUCGUACACAGCGUGGAGAAAUCAUGAGAGACUUCAUAAAGAAGGCAAAUAUAUCUGCGACCUUUGUGGGAAUAAAUUUCUAUUUAGGAGUAUGAUUGAGGCCCAUAUGGCAGAACAUGCAAAUAUAAGAGAUAAUAUUUGCCAUAUAUGCGGAAAGGCUUUUAAACGAGCAUCGUAUUUAAAGGUACACUUUAACACAGUGCAUAUAAAAGAACCAGUGAAGUGUACACAUUGCGGUAAAACAUUCAAAUCGCCAGCGUCCUUGAAGGACCAUUUGAGAUACGUAAAUCGAGAGAAAAAAUUCCAAUGCGAUGUUUGCUUUAAAUAUUUUGCAUCUGAACUUUCACUGAAAAAGCAUAAGUUCUGGCAUACUGAGAUGCGACCUUUUAGUUGCAAAGAUUGUGGUAUAAAAUACAAAGCGAAAUCGUAUUUGAAAAUACAUAUGAGAAAACAUACGGGACAGAGACCAUACACUUGUAAUCAAUGUGAUAAAUGCUUCCCAACUUCAAUGCAAUUAAAACGACAUGGAAUGGUCCAUAGUGGAGACCGACCAUAUAAAUGUAGCAAUUGCAACCGAUCGUUUUAUUACAAGAAACAAUUAUUACGACAUGUAAAUUUAAAACACAAAGAUGAAGGAAAAUCGGAAACCAAUCAAUUUUAAAAGCAAAGUUUUACUGUCACACAAUAUAGUCAUAUCUCUCGCUAAAUGAGCGCAUCCCCUUUGAAAGAAAAGGAUAGCAAUAUGUUUCUCUGCACGUGUUUCUAUUGUGAUGACUGGCGGUAUUACGCACAAAAUUUACAUUAUUAUCUACCUAUAGAAUGUUAAAUUGAAAAUAAUAAAAAAAUAAAGGCGUGUCUAUGAUA